AUGAACUCGAAAUUUUUGAAUAAUUAAACUUCAAAAAUAUAGGAUAUUGGGCCUUUGAUUUAUAUGUUUUGUGAAAUUUACAAAGGAGAAUAAUUUUUUGAAGUGUAAAAUGCAUCAGGAAUUAAUGGCAUAAAGUAAGAUUGGUUGUUUAAGAUACCCCAAAUUUAACGCUAAGAUAUAACAGAGUUAAUUAAAUAUUUAUUGAGAAACCCAGAUGGAUUAAAUUAUGAUUAAGCAAUUCAAAAGUUUACCAACCUAAAUUCUUUUUUUUCAGAAGCAAAUUAAUCAUAAAACAAGAGUUUUCAACAAAUUUAAUAGCCCCCGGCUAGAAAUAAUCUCAAUUCUUCCAUCACUUCGAUUAUAAAUGUUCCAACUGAAUAAUUUCCUAGACGUCAAUUUAUUUUAACUCAAUAAUUAGGAGCAGGAGGAGAAGGAGUUGUUUAUAAAGCAACACCAAUAAAUGAAUCUUUUUAUAAUGCCGAUGUUGCCGUAAAAAUUUAAAAUUCAAUUAAAAAUGAUGAACUCAAUUUUAUUAAAAGUUUGAUUGAUUAUUAAUGUAACUUAGAACCAAAGUCUUUGAAAAAAAGUAAUCUGAUCAGACUUUAUGAAUUAUAUAAGUGGAAUAAUAAUCAAUUAAUAGUUAUGGAACUUGGAGGAAAAAAUUUGUUUAACUUUUUAACAGAGAAAAAAUAUUAAUCAGAAAUGGAGAAGUUAUAAAUAUGUUAAUAAAUUACUUAGGCUAUUGCUUUUCUUCAUGAAAAACAGAUAUUUCAUAGAGAUAUUAAGCCAGAAAACUUUAUUCAAUGUGGUAAUAUAUUCAAAUUAAUUGAUUUUGGUUUAAUCAAAAAUAAAAACCAAAAUGUGAAAUUAACAAAAAUGGUUGGAACUCCUCUAUACCAGGCUCCAGAAAUACUCUAAGGAUCUGAUGAAUAUUCAUAUUCUGUUGAUAUAUGGUCGUUAGGAUGUCUAUUUUUUGAGAUUUUCAAAUAUGAACCAUUAUUUAAUUGUACCAAUAUAGAACAAGUUAAAAAUGCAGUUGUACUACAUUGCAAUAACCAGUAAACCCUCAAUAAUUAAAUAGAUUAAUUAUAAAUCAAAUAGGAAUUAAAAAACCUAAUUAAAUAAAUGGUUCAUCCAUUACCAAAUAGUAGACCAACUAUUCAAAAUGUUUUAACAUAACUCUAACCAUCUAUACCUUAAGCAUAAUCAAUUAUACCCAUAGCAUAAUCAGCUUUCGCCUUUAAACCAUCAUUAUCCUUAGUAUAAUAGUUCUAGCCAUAAAAAAUAAAAGGAUAAGAAGAUGUUAAACUACAGAGCGCAAUAAAUGAUUAUUUGAUGUCUUAAAUUAGUAAGUCAAACUAUUCUAUUUAAAUUUUAUAACCAAAAGAUUUAGAAUAAAUAUUCAAAAAUAUUUCUGAUAAAUGUAUUACAUUUUUAAAUGAGGAGAUAAAGAAUUAGUUUCCAACAUAAUAAUAGUUAAGUUGGCUGGGAAAACAAGCAGAUAAUUUUUGUAACAAGCCAACCACUAAAGUAAAUAUGCUAUCUCCUAAAAAUUAUCAGAAAAAUAUAGUAGAUGAAAUUGACCCUAAUUUUGAUUCUGAAAUUCACAUAAAUGAGGUUAAAAGCUAACGUUAUAGCUAACACAAUAAUAAAUAAAACUAAAUAAAUUAUAAUGGAUUUGGGCAAUCCGUGAUAAAUCCUUAGACUAAACAUGGAUCAAUUACAAAUAAUUGA